CGAGAUCUCAUCCCAACUCAAGUUACUCAACCCAACUCAACUCAACGGCGAACGCCCCGAGAAGGAGAGGGUCGCCGAGAAAACGCCCCGGAUAUGAUUGGGACACUUGUCGAACGAUACGGCGCAUUAUCAUUAGCGUCCGCUGUACAGUAGAGUCCAGUACAUAUCAUCCUCCCACAUCUCCCCACCUCUCCUACCUCCCCUGCACUCUCCAGAUGACUCUCGACUCCCCACUGACCCCACUAACCAACCCCCACCUCCCCCUCGAGCUCGUCCUCCACAUCUUCCGCCGCUGCCCUCAGCAAACUCGCGGCCGCCUCCUCCGCGCCUGCCAAGCCUACCAUGCCUUCAUGGGCACCGAGCUCUACUCCACCCAAAUCAUCCUCCGGGACCCCGCCCAAGCCGCCCAAUUCAACGCCGCGUUCAGAUGCGACCCCUUCCGCCUCAAACUCGUCAAACACGUCGAGUUCCACCUCCGAUGGCGUGUCAACUCCCCCUUGACGGAGGCCGCGACGGCCAUGGCCAGUGUAUUGACAUCAUGUACGUUAUCCUACCUCCGCUGCCGCAUCCAUGACGACGACACCGAACAACUCGUCUGGUCCUCCCUAUGGAACGCCCCCUCCCGCACCCUCUCCAUCGAUCUGGGCUCCCACACCCCCGCAGACACCGACACGCCCCCAACCUACACCCAAUGGGUUGGCUUCAACGCCUACGCCCUGCAAACCAUCCUGUACACAUUGGGACCCACAACCGACGUCCUCGCCAUCCGCGGCGGCUACUUUCCCGCGCAUAUCACGUUCCCCCCGCUGCCCAAACUGUCCAUCCUCCAGUGCGCCGACACCGACGCGGUGGCGUACCUGCCCGCCACGUCCCCGCUGACGAAAGUGUAUCUGCUCCAACCGCGCGACGUGCCGGCGCUGUACACAUUCAUCCGCACCCUCCCGCCCUCCGUUGUCGAGUUGCAGUGUAAUUGGGGGGACAAUCCGCCCGCGUUUCCCGAAUGGCACGCCCCGCGGGAGAACAGGUUCCUGUUCUAUGAGUUUGACGUGCCCGUGAUUGAUCUGGGCGUGCUGGCGAGGGAGUUCACGGAGGCUUUGGAGGGGUAUGGGGGAGGAGGCGUUUUGACUUUGAGUGUGAAGAGCGAGGAUGAGGACGCGGAGGAGGUGGUGGCUGAGGCGGCGAGGGCGGCGGGGAAGUUUGUGCAGGUGCUUGUGUGAGCGGUGGAUUUGGGGGAGAGGAGACGAUCAUGGACUAUGUUAGUGGGAGAGGGACGGGUCCUCCCCAGCUCCCCGGCCAAGACCCUACCGGCGUCUUGCAUG